AUGGCCAGCAAUGCCAGCACCAGUGAUGUGGAGGGUCAGCUCAGGAGCCCCAGCCAGAAGGUGGUGAGUAUUUUGGGGCCUUAUUUCACCAGGCGUUUCCAAGCAAUGCUUUCGCUGAGCCCUCGGCCACAUCCCGGCUCUCCCGGGAGGACCCGCGGCUUGCAAAUAUCGCGCACCCGUGUGUCCCGGCUCCGGGAGGUGCCCGGUGCCGGUCCCGGAGCGCAGACCCGGGGCGGUCCCGCGGAGCGGCGGCUCCGGCCGUGCCCGAGCGGCUCCGUGCUCGGUCAGCAGCCCGCAGGUCCGGCCGGGACCGGCCCGAGGGCUGAGCUCCGCUGGCCGCAGAACGCACUGAAAUACCGGAGGUGCCGAGGCCAUCCCGGGGACAGCAUCGCCCUCUCCCCGGCCCUGCCCGGGCUGAGAGAAAAUAAGCAUGAGGAGAAGGUCCAGGAUCCUGACAGAGAGAAGCACGAGCCCAAGGCAGACAUGGGGAGCAAAACCUGGGCAGACCUGGCUGGGGAGAUGAAGAUAUUCUUGUGGAACCCGGAGGAGAGAACAUGCAUGGGGAGAACAGCCAAGAGCUGGGGCUUGAUCUUACUGUUUUACUUCAUCUUCUACACGUGCCUGGCGGGAAUGUUUGCCUUCUGCCUGUAUGUGAUGCUGCUCACGCUGAGCCCCUACACGCCCAGGUACCGGGACCGUGUGUCCCCGCCAGGAGUGAUGAUCAGACCAUACUUGAAUGGCUUCACCAUUGCCUUCAACGUGUCCCAGCCCAACACGUGGCAGCCCUACGUGGACAGCAUGCACCACUUCCUAGCAGCUUAUGAUGACAAAGUUCAGGAGGAGAAGAACAUUGAGUGUGUCCCAGGCCAGUACUUCAUCCAAGGGGGGAGUGACAGUGAGGAGAAGAAGGCGUGCCAGUUCAAGCGCUCGCUGCUGCAGAACUGCUCUGGCAUCCAGGACCCAACGUUUGGCUACUCCAGAGGCCAGCCCUGCAUCCUGCUGAAGAUGAACAGGAUCAUUGGCUACCGCCCUGGCGCCGGGGUCCCCGUGAGCGUGGAGUGCAAAGUGCAGAAAGGCAAUGAGAGUCACCUCAGGUCGGUGGAUUUCUACCCUGGGAACGGGACAUUUGACCUCAUGUAUUAUCCCUACUAUGGCAAAUUCACCCACGUCAACUACACCUCCCCACUGGUGGCUAUGCACUUUACAGACGUGCAGAGGAAUCACUUGGUCCCCAUCCAGUGCAGUCUGCAUGGGAAAGGAAUUAUCAACGACCUGAACAGCGAUCGCUUCCUGGGCCGGAUCAUCUUCACACUCAGCAUUGGGAAGUAGCCCCUGCCAACUCCAGGCACUUAGGAUAAGUCAAUCAGAGGCUUUUUCCUUUUUAAAGCAUCAAGCCAGCAUUUUUUCUGCUAGG